UUGCGUACAUGCGCUUCGAACACAAUAACUAUCAAAGAAACAAAAGGAAAAUUAUGUUUAAACUCUGUAUUAUCGCUCUCGUAUUUCUUAUUGCAUCAUCAAGAAUAGAUGGAAGCUGGCCGGUUAAAUACGAUGAUCCUAGUUGCUCAGGGAAUAUAUCAGUGACCGAUGUUGAUAGAGUUCAAUUCGCGAUGAACUUGGAGUUCACCGAAGCCGAGUUCUUCUUGAAAGCGUCUACCGGAAAAGGACUCGAUGCGUUCAACGCAACACUUGCUAAAGGCGGUCCAGCCCCGGUUGGUGCAGAAAAGGCCAAUCUUGAUCCUAUAACUAAUCGAAUCAUCGAGGAGUUUGGUUAUCAAGAAAUUGGUCAUCUUCGAGCGAUUGCAGAUAUGACGGGAGGGAUUCCGAGACCGCUGCUGAAUCUGACGAGAGAGAAUUUUGCCAUGUUUAUGGACCGAGCGGUUGGACGUAAAUCAAACCCGCGGUUCGAUCCUUAUGCGAACUCACUAAACUAUCUUUUAGCUUCAUACUAUAUCCCUUAUGUUGGCCUCACCGGUUAUGUCGGAACCAUCCCUUACCUUGUCUCCUUCAAUAUCAAACGGCUUGUGGCCGGUCUUUUGGGGGUGGAAUCGGGCCAAGACGGAGUGAUUAGGACGCUCCUUUACGAGAGACAGGACGAGACGGUGAAGGAAUACGGCGGAGUAACGGUGGCUGAGCUGACCAAUGAGAUAUCUAACCUCCGUAACGAGCUCGGUAUGUGCGGGAUCAAAGACGAAGGCUUGUGCGUGCCACCGUGGCUAGGAGCCGAGAAUCGCACCAGCAGCAACAUCCUCGCCGCCGAUCCCUACUCUCUCUCUUAUGACCGGACACCGCAAGAGAUCCUCAGGGUUAUGUACGGAACCGGCGAUGAGCAUCGUCCCGGCGGGUUUUGGCCGUGUGGUGCCAACGGGAGGAUCGCGAGGAUGUUUCUUGAUAAAGGGUAUUAUGGUCAUUGCGGUGCAUGUUCAGCUGACAAUUAAAUUCUACUUUCAUUGAUAGACUACAAAAUAAAAUAAAAUACAGGGUUAAGCUUCUAAUAUUUAUCCUCAUUAAAUUUGAUAGUGUGGUGUGGUGAACCGUGAACCGUGAACCGGUGGUUAAACUCUUCUAGUUUUUCUUAUCGGUGUUUAAGAAAAUAAACAACCUCACGUUUCUAUUUAUGCUAUU